AUGAGCGGCGUGCGUGCUCACAUCGCCAGUCGGCUGCGGAGCUCCUCGCUUUCAGCAGUACCCCCACCACAGCAUAGUUCCAACUACUCCCCAGAUCUUGCCAAAAUCGCAGCUUCCGUUCUCUACCGCUCGCCGCUUCCUUCGCAGGAGGGAAGGCCUGUUUUCAUCCUAAACGCCGCCGCUCUCCCAGACUCUCAUGAAGCCGACUACGAUUCUCUGCUACCUUAUGUCCUUGCACGCCUACCGGAAGAAGAUGAGUUACUGAAGGGAUUCGAAUAUGAGGUCGUCUUCUUUGCGGGAGAUGGCGAUGGUUCCGCGACCAACAAGAAGCACCGGCCUGGCUGGGGCUGGUUUCUACAGGCGUACCACGUCCUGUCAAGGGCCAUGCGGAAGAGGCUCCAGAGACUGUACAUUGUGCAUGAGAAAGCUUGGGUGAGGAUACUGACCGAAAUAUUCUCUACCAUUGUCAGCCCCAAGUUCCGUAGAAAGAUCUAUCAUCUAUCCAACUUGACUCAGCUUGCCCGCGAGAUCCAAAUCGAAGACCUCCUUAUUCCUCCUUCGACCUAUCUUGCCGACCGCCGAGUAUCAGAACACAUUUCCGCCUUCAAUGGCAGCGGAAAACGAGCAUUUGGCGCCCACGCCCCGUUCCCUACAGCUAGUAAUGGCAAGACACGGUUCCCUCGCGUGCUGCGAGAGACGACAACCUUUGUGCUCAUGGAACAGAACAUCACUUCCGAAGGUCUUUUCCGUGUACCUCCACACUCAAGGCUACGCGACGCAUUGAAGGAGGCAUACGAUAGGGGUCAGAAAUACAUCAUCUGGAAGGACAACGAAGCAACACUCCCUCUGCCACCUUAUCCACAUGCAGAACACCAAGAUGAGAUCCUAGCUGAGGUGGUCCCUACUGACGCUUACUCGGUCUUCAUGGCAGCAGCUAUGAUUAAAGCAUGGUAUGCGUCUCUGCGCCAGCCCAUCUUUCCAACAGACUCGUAUCGGGAUCUCAAACGACUUUACGGGGACAGCCAAGAGAUACUCGAACUCGACAAACUAACAGACCUGUUUUCGCCAACAUCAGAAUGGUCUUUGUUACCUGGCAUAUCCCGUGAGAUCCUAUGCAGGCAUCUUCUACCUCUUAUGAGUGCGAUAGCCGCACGACAAGAGCAAAACAAGAUGACGGCCGAGAACUUGGCCGUUUGCUUUGCACCUGGACUACUAUGUGGUCCCGAUCAGCUUGAAGAUGCUAAGAUGUCUUCCAUUAUAAGGAGAAUAUUCACGCAAGCAAUCGACAUGUGGACUGAGGGGUUGAGAGAAGCAUGUGGCCAGACUGAAGAAGCCUUCUACGAAGAGCUCAAGCUCCCUAAAGAUGCAAAUGACUGGGAGGAUCCCGCGGACCUGAAGCGAGAUUCCGCCGACAGCAAAGGCUCGCUGGAAGAACAGAUGAGCGGUAUAACGCUACUCGACAACGAGAAGUUGCCUACCUACAACGAGCCACAACAGACACAAAGCGAGGAAUUGCCGCCUCCGCUACCACCACGGUCCCGUGCACCGUCAGCCAAAUCUUCCGCCGAUUCCGUUCAGCGGAAACCAGCACCGCCCCUUUCAGUACCUCCUCGCUACUCUACUGUCAUAUCAGACGCCCCUGAAGGCGUCGCCGAAUCACCCAUAACCUACGCCGCCACCACUGAUGGUUUCGCCCCACCCCGAAACGACGACAACCGCAUCGGCCAGCCCCCAAAGGUACCACCACGAUGGAAUGGACAGUCGGAUGAGAAGAAGUCUGGUACGAGCAAUCCAGUUCCAGCCCUUCCUAUGUCAGCAUCUACUGGUGCACAAGAAGAUGCGUCAUUUCCUCACGUUUCUACUACUACUCCUACUGUUGCGCCUAGACUCAACAUUCCUAAAAGGAAAACCCUGACUUCGACGCAGAUUGACAAUGUCUCGAAGACCGUCGUCGCACAGGAUGAAGCUUACAAACAGCCCAUGGGCGGCAUGGCGCUUCCAGGACUCACAGGUAAUUACUACAGCAACCCUGCUGCGAAGCGAGGUGCAUCCUCUACAUACGCAUCAAGUGAGGGUGUAACGUCGCCCCAAAUGACCUCUCCACAAAGUGCAGUCUCAGCACCAGCGACAGAAUCUGCUUUUCGCCGCCCAAGCAUUCCCUUCUCCACAACAAAAACGAACCGCAGUCCUAGCAUCAACUCACUCGCCAGACCCGUAUACCCGGUAACGCCUCAAGUACCUAUUAUCAACGCACCCAUCAAAGCUAGCACCCUCCCUGUUCCAGCUGCAGCGCCCCGCCUCCGCACUCCGAGCCCGAGCCUCAUGCAACGCAUGCCCAGCUUCGAGAACUUUGCCAAAGAUCAGAAGAAGGAUGGUGCGGAAGCUGAAAGUGAACUUGCAAGAGGCAGAACACUGAAGCCUAAGAAAAUGAACUUGAAAAAGCAAUCCGUCGAAGAUUUGAGACGGUUGUAUGAAGAGCGUGCUGGCACGGCUAGUGUCCUUGUUCAAGCUGGAAAGCAGAAGGGCGUUUAA